AUGUCGCGCUACAACCCUCGGCCCGACGACGAGCCAGACUAUCCAUACUACCCGGACCCAGACGCACUCGCACAAUCCCACUCCCACUCGCCCUCGCCCUCGCCCUUUGCAGACCCACCAAAUGCCCACCUCAGCAUCCACAUCGACGCCCCACAAAGCGCACACGCUCCCGCUCGCUCCUCGUCCCACGUACCACAGCUCAGCCAGAGCUUCUACAACGAGGCCGCAUCCGCCCUCGCCUCCCUACCACUAAACCAGCCGCCCGCACUCGCACCACAUCCCUACGACCACCAGCACCUCGGCUCCAUACCAGAGUACUCUGGCUACCCCACACGCCGCGCUGGCCCAAACAACGACGACGACGACCACACUGCCGCCGGCUACACCUACGACGACUACCAUCGAGGUCAGCCCGGCGACUACUCGGGCAUCGGCAACCGUGAUGACGACGACGACGACGACGACGACGGCGACGACCAGUACGACGUCGACCAAAAGUACCGCUACGGCGCAGCCCACCACGACGACGACGGCGCUGCUUCCCCCUUUGGCCGCACGGGCGUCCAGUACCUCCAGAGCCCCUACGCCGCCCUCGACAACGAAAAGGAAGCCGCAACCCUCUACGGCGGCGACGACGGCGACGGCGACGACGACGACAAUGUCAACGCAGCCUACGGCGCAAAACACGGCAGGACCGGCAGCUACGCCUCGCUCUACACCACCUCGCCCGCGGGGCACGCCGGCCUCGCCGACGCCGCCCUCGAGACCCAGCACUUUGGACCGGCCCCCGCCCACGGCGCACAGCUGCGCCGCCACAAGACCAAGAAAAACGUCCGCCUCACCCAGGGAAACCUCGUCCUCGACUGCCCCGUCCCCAGCAAGCUCCAGACCUUUCUCAGCCGCCGCGGCGAGGAAGAGUUCACCUCGAUGCGCUACUCGGCCGUCACCUGCGAGCCAGACGACUUUGCCGCCGACAACUUCACCCUCCGCCCCGCCAUGUACAACCGCCACACCGAAAUCUUCAUCGCCGUCACCAUGUACAACGAGGACGAGGUCCUCUUCACCCGCACCAUGCACGGCGUCAUGAAAAACAUCGCACACCUCUGCUCCCGCAACAAGAGCCGCACCUGGGGCGCCAACGGCUGGAAAAAGGUCGUCGUCGCCAUCAUCUCCGACGGCCGCCGCAAGGUCCACCCGCGCGUCCUCGACUGCCUCGCCGCCCUCGGCGUCUACCAGGACGGCGUCGCAAAGAACUCGGUCAACGGCAAGCCCGUCCAGGCCCACGUCUACGAGUACACGACCCAGCUCUCGAUCGACAGCAACCUCCAGUUCAAGGGCGCCGAGCGCGGCCUGGUGCCCAUGCAGAUCAUCUUCUGCCUCAAGGAAAAGAACGCCAAGAAGAUCAACUCGCACCGCUGGUUCUUCAACGCCUUUUGCCCCGUCAUUCAGCCCAACGUCACCAUCCUCCUCGACGUCGGCACCCGCCCCGAGAACAAGUCGAUCUACUACCUCUGGAAGGCCUUUGACCUCAACUCCAACGUGGCGGGCGCGUGCGGCGAAAUCUGCGCAGACACCCGCGGCAAGUGGGGCGUCGGCCCCGCCCUCCUCAACCCGCUCGUCGCCGCCCAGAACUUUGAGUACAAGAUCUCCAACAUCCUGGACAAGACGACCGAGUCGGUGAUGGGCUACAUUUCGGUGCUGCCCGGAGCGUUCAGCGCGUACCGCUACAUUGCGCUACAGAACGACGAGCUCGGCCAUGGUCCGCUGGCAUCCUACUUCAAGGGAGAGAAUUUGAUGGGCGCCGAGGCCGAUGUCUUUACCUCGAAUAUGUAUCUGGCCGAGGAUCGCAUUCUGUGCUUCGAGCUGGCGGCUAAGCGCGGCGCCGGCUGGGUGCUGCAGUACGUCAAGAGCGCGCGCGGCGUGACCGACGUGCCCGACUCGUUCCCGGAAUUCAUCAGCCAGCGUCGGCGCUGGCUCAACGGCUCCUUUUUCGCCGCCGUCUACGCCCUCUACCACACGUCGCAGUUCAUCAGCAGCGGCCACAACCCGUGGCGCAAGUGCGUGCUCGUCUUUGAGAGCUUCUACUCGUUCAUCAACAUGUGCUUUGCCUGGUUCGGCCUCGCCAACUUUUACAUCUUCUUCCGCAUCCUCACUCAAUCCCUCGAGGACCCCGCGUUCGGUCUCAAGGGCAUCGGCGUCUGGAACGUCUUCAUGCAGUACAUCUACCUGGGCACCGUCGUCUCGAGCUUCAUUUUCGCCAUGGGCAACCGACCCCAGGGCUCGCGGUGGAAGUACAUGGCGGCCGUCAUUAUCUUCGCGCUCCUGACGGUGUACAUGAUGGUGGCAGCGGUGCUGUGCCUGUCCAAGGUGGUGGGGAGGGUGGAGCACGAUGCCAUCUACGCCCAGAUGGUCGUCAGCCUCCUCGCCACGUACGGCGUCUACCUCCUCUCGUCGCUGCUGGCGUGCGACCCGCUCCACCUCGUCACCAGCUUCCUCCAGUACCUCUUGCUCGCUCCGACCUACAUCAACAUCCUCAACAUUUACGCCUUUUGCAACCUGCACGACUUCAGCUGGGGCACAAAGGGCGAUACGGCGGUGUCCAACGACCUGGGUUCGGUGACGUCGACGGGCAAGGGCGUGGUGGAGAUCACGCUGCCGACGGCGCAGGCGGACAUUGACACGGCGUACGACGAGGCGCUCAACAACCUGCGCACGCGUCCCAUGAUCAUCCGCGGCGACGCGAGCGCCGACGAGAAGCUGGCCCGCCAGACCGACUACUACAAGAAUGUGCGCACCAAUGUCGUGCUGGCGUGGGCGCUGACGAACGGCGUCGUGGCGGCCUUUAUCCUCAAUGGCGACACGACGAGCACGUUUGAUUCCUCGACGGGCGUCACGCGCAGCAAGGUCUACAUGGUCCUCGUCCUCGUCUUUGUCGCCGGAAUGGCGUGUAUCCGCUUCAUUGGAUCCACACUCUACCUCACCAUUCGCCUCAUUAAUGGUUGA